AUGGUUCAAAAUUCUACAGAAGGAAAUCAAUCACAUUUGACAUCUCAUACACAAUCUCAAUUACGAGCUCCAGGAAUACCAUCUCAUAAUUAUGUGGUAGAGAGUAAUUUAAACGAAGACUUAUUAGACGAGGAUAUAGAUCAGAGUAGCAUUAGUGGUGCUGAAAAUGAGGAAGAAAUUGAGGAUCACCAUACUACAAAUUUAAUGAAUAAUGAGGAUAAUUAUGGUAAUGACGAUGACGACGACGAUGAUGAUUAUAUAUUUGGAUUAGACAAUGGAGAUAUAAGUACUGAAAAUAAUCAUGCAUUAUCAGAAACGCUAACGUCUCAAACACGAGAUAAUAGUAAUUUACAUACUAUCGAUGUUGCUGAAUAUAUAAAAUCUACUCUUUUAACAUCUUUAGAUAAUCCAGAUACUUUUGCCACAGCUUUAUCAUUACAAGCAAGAACGUCAGCAAUCAUUAAUACUAAAUCUCUACAAUUACAACAACUAAUAAACGAAUCGACCGAUAUAUUAAAAAGAUUGAAAACUAGGUACGCUAACGGUAUAAUAAUAUCUAAUAGAAUUAAUAAAAAUCUUAUUUAUUGUCGAAAAAAAAUUGAUUUACUAUCCAAUAAUUUAAGAUUAAAUUACACUAUUGAAUUUAAUAAUGCAAGAGAAAAAAUUUUGGAGAGAAAAUUAACUGGUGAUAAUGAUACCGCAUUAGCAUCUGUUCAAUUCGAUAAUGAUGAAAUAUAA